CGCACCGAGGAAAGACCAGUAUGGUUUGGCAGCACAUGAAUGCGUGUGCCUUGAACCUCCCCGACGCCUCCUUUAAUGUGGUUCUUGAUAAGGGCACGCUAGAUUCUAUUCUGUGUGGAAAUGGAUCUCUGAAUAAUGGAGCCAUGAUGUGCAUGGAAGUGUCUCGAGUGCUGAAGGCUGACGGCAUCUUCAUUGUUAUUUCUUAUGGCAUUCCCGAAAAUCGCCUGCAGUAUCUGCAAGAAGAGGCUUACUCGUGGCGAGUCAGUGUACACACAGUGCCAAAAGCUCAACUCGAUGGCCUCCCUUCUUCCUCUAACCCGGCCGAUGGGGAUCUUGCCGAUGGAAGUUAUGGUGGAAGUGUGCACUACGUCUACAUUUGUGAAAAAGGGCCGUCUAUUUUCAAGUCGUCCUCUACUGGUGUCGAGAUGGACGAAAGAGAGUCCCCGCUAAGCUGAGACGAUGAGAUCGCGGCAUGUUACAUCUGCCGAAGGGCAGUGACGAGACAUACCACCCCUUUCGCGUACCUCGGAAGCUUGUGUGGAGUGUAAAUCUUGCGAGGUAUAAAUCCUCAUGAAGCACGUGGAGAGCUUUCGUGGAAAAAACAAAAGCACAGCUUCACAAUCGCAUCACUAGUCCAGUCAUGCAACAGCAUAGCCAAUGUUACAAGGAAAAAAGUAAUGAUGACGCGCUUGGUCUUAUUUGAGGUCCCGUUCAAGGUGGUGCU